AUGGCCGCCACCAACGACGACCAGAACAAAGCCCCCGUUGACCAGGUUGAGCAUGUACAGCCAGCUAACGCCAAUCACCGUCGUGAUGCCGCUGCUGAGCUGCUCGGCAAAUCUGGCUCCUCGCCGGAGCACCGCAUCGUCGUCACUGCGGAUGAUAACAAGAGGGUGCUGAGGAGGAUCGACAUGGUCAUCCUGCCCUUGAUGCUGUUUGUUUACUUCCUCCAGGGCAUCGACAAGUCUACCCUCGCCUACGCCUCCGUCUUUGGCUUGAUUGAGGAUACUGGCCUUGUUGGAGACCAGUACUCAUGGCUGGGCUCCGUUGUCUAUCUCGCCCAGCUGGUCAUGCAGUUCCCUCUGGCUUGGCUGUUGGUAAAGUUGCCCAUCGGCAAGUUCACCAGUUGCAUGGUAGCCUUCUGGGGUGUCACUCUGUCAUGCAUGGCUGCCGCUCACAACUUUGGCGGGCUUUUGACGGCCCGAUUCUUCCUCGGCGCCUUUGAGGCUAGUGUUGCUCCUUCGUUCGUCGCCAUCACCCAGAUGUGGUGGCGUCGACGUGAACAGACGCUGAGAAUCAGUUAUUGGUAUGCCAUGAACGGCUUCACCAACAUGUUUGGCAGUCUCAUCACCUAUGGACUCGGCCACAUCUCCUCCAAACUCAAAGAAUACCAGGUACAACCCUCGAUCCGACACACAUAUAUCAUUAGAGCUAACAGCAAACACAAGAUCAUCUUUCUCUUCUUCGGUGUCAUCACCGUAGCUUUCUCUAUCGUCAUGUUUUUAUACAUGCCCGACUCGCCUGUCGAAGCCAAGUUCCUCAACGACCACGACAAGGUCAUUGCCGUCGAGCGUCUGCGCAUGAACCAGCAGGGAGUCAUGUCGCGUGAGUGGCGGUGGGAUCAUCUAUGGGAGAGCUUGCGAGACCCAAAGACCUGGAUCUGGUUCGCUCUCAUCUUUUCAAUCUCAAUUCCUUCCGGUGGUAUUUCUACCUUUGGACCCUUGAUCGUCAAGUCCUUUGGUUUCGACUCUUUUCAGACCAUUCUCUUCAACAUCCCCUUUGGUGCAGUGCAGCUCAUUGCCACUGUUGGCGGCUCCUGGGUUGCAACAAAGAUCCACAAGAAAGGCCCCGUCAUCGCUGCCCUCUGCGUCCCUCCCAUCGCCGGCUGCGUCAUGUUGAUGGUCCUACCAAACACUACAGGGCAGCGCGCUGCGCGGUUGGCAGGAUACUAUCUCAUCUCUGUCUAUCCUGGAAUUUCCCCUCUCAUUUACUCAUGGUCCGCUGCCAACACCGCAGGCGACACCAAGCGGAAAUGUACCUCGGCAACCCUCUUCAUCGGCCAGUCAGUCGGCAACGUCGUCGGGCCUCUCCUGUACAAGCCCUCCGAGGCACCCAAGUACUCCCGUGGCCUGAGCUCCAACCUGGCAUUGUACUGUGUCAUCAUCCUCCUUGUGGCUCUAGCGAGUGUCUACCUCGCUUUCUUGAACAAAUCACACAGCAAGCGCCGCGUGGCCAUGGGCAAGAGUGCCGUCAUCAUCGAUACCAGUCUGUUUUCUGCUGAAGAGGCGGAGAGGAUGAGGCAGGCGGGCCAGCCGGCCGGAAGCGACGGCCAUGAGAUGGCUGCGCCCGGCGAAGACGCGCAGGUUGAUGUUGGCGCGAGGGCUUUUGAUAACCUUACGGAUCUGCAGAAUGAGGAGUUUGUAUUUGUGUUCUAG